UUUCUUUCUAUGAAUUAAACACUUAACCUCACAAUUAUUAUUAAUAAGUGUUUUUUAUAUCCACCAACAUGGCCGUGCUGUUAUGAAAAUAAAAACAAAGUCACGAAGUUGGCCGAAGGUGAAGUCUUCGGGCAUGUUCGGGUUGGUCCUCAACCCUUUGUGAAACGUAGGCUUCCCCCUGUGUGUAUACUGUAUCGUGAUAUUUUUGUUGUAAUUUUGUCUUAAAUUUUUAAAUGUUGAUAAAAUUCCACAUCUGUAUUCACUAUUAAGCACUAGGUAAUUGUGAUACUAGGCUGCUAAAUAAUGUAAACAGAAAUUAGUGGACGGUUUGAAGUUGCUUAAAUUGUAGAAUUGUAGAUUUAUCUUAGCUUAAAUUGGUACUUUACAGGUUUCUGCUCAUAAGUGAAUCAUAUUAGAAAGGCAUGCUGCUAAUCUUCCCAUGAUUGGUCUAGUGUACCCUGAAGUGGAGGCAGAAAUGGGCGAGGUCGACGAGGAACACGGCCAGAAAGACUCCGCGCUGGACCGUGUCCCGUCGGUGGAGGAAGAAGACCAGCAGAAGCAGCACAUCUUCCACAUUCCUCGUGUCGCAGCCAGGACCAUCACUGGGCCAGCCAACCUGCAGAACCAGAAUGCAAUUGACUGGGGACACCAUGGUCUUCUGGCUUAUGGAUCCAACUAUACUGUUGUUGUGAUCGACACCAAAAACAUUCAGCCAGUACAGUGCCUGGACAAACACAAAUCUAUGGUUAACCAUGUGUUGUGGGGGAACAAUGAGCAAGUACAACCAGUUGCCGAACCAGUAGUCUUGACGCUCGCAUCUUCAGACACCACCGGCCACAUAAUCCUUUGGAAUGUUGCAAUGGGCAUUGCACAGGCUGUGCUGCAGGAAGGGAACAAGCCUGUGUUAGAUAUGAAGUGGGUGUCUGGGUUCGACUGUGCACAGCAUUUGUUGGCUGCUUUGCACCCCCCGUACUCUCUCAUCAUCUGGGACACACUGACGAGGACUAAGCUCUGGAAGAAGACCUACACUGAGACGCUGGUCAGUUUCAGCUUCGACCCAUUUUCAGCAUCCAGAAUGGCUUUCCUCUGUUCGGACUGUAUAUUGUUUGUGGACGACUUCAUGCCAUCAAAGAUUCCGUCUUCCAACGGUCGCAAGUUCUACAUCUCGAGCCCUCGAAUCCAGCCUUCUGUGGGCAGCUCCCGCGGCAGUAUGUCCAACCUUACAUCUGUCGGUUUAGAAGAAAAGCACCGCACCAAGGAUCGGUUGCGGAGACUCAUGAAGGAUCUAGUCGUAGGGGAAACUAAGCCCAGGCCCGACGACUGCAUGAUGGUGAGCGAGUGCUUGCAGCUGUGCUACCACAGCGCCGCGAGGCACCACCUGCUGCUGCUGUACGCCCGGGAGAUCCUGGUGCUGGACCUGCACAUCAACCAGACCGUGGGCAUCAUUCCCGUGGAGAAGACUGCCUCGCCUCUUGUUCAGGUGAUCUCUGCUCGACAGCGAGACGUGUUGUAUUGUCUUCAUGAAUCGGGAAGCGUGAGUGCAAAGUUUCGCAGGCGUCAGCUCGGCUUCAUUGGCUCUCCGUUAGAUGCUCCGGCAGGAAGCAUAAGCAGUGUGGACAUGGGUUCAUUUUCCAACGAUGUGUUUCUGGAAUUGAGCUACGAGCAGCGCUGUCAGAGUGAAGUCAUUAGGCAGACGAAAGGAUCCAAGAUUUUAGGGAUGUGUGUCAGUCCAGUUUGUGAGAGGAGAAUCGCCCUCUUCAUGAACACGGGCAAAGUGGUGUUCCUGGAGCUGCGGCCGGGCAGCUCGGAGUCGUUGUUCCCCCUGGUGGCGGGGACCGAGGCCUCCCCGCCGGCCCGGCAGCUGGGGCUGUCUGGCCUGGGGCAGCUCGACGCAUGCCAGCACAGGGCCGCCACGCUUCAGGAGCUGGUCCGGCCCCUGGCGAUGGACUAUGGUCCCCAACUGCCCCCCUUGCGACUGCUGGUGACGGGCCUUCUGACCGGGGCGGCCUCGCCCUUGACUGUGAUACGCAUGUGCCCUCCGCUCACCACUCGCAACUGGCAGAAGUACACUCCGCUGAUGGCCGCCGGCACUUCUGAAGGCAUUGUGCAAGUGUACAACAUGGCCCUGGGGGUCGUCGACAAGGAGCUGAUGGUUCACUCUUCCGUUGUCAGAGGCAUUGAAUGGACCAACCUGACGAGCUUCAUAUCAUUUGCCCACCCCAACGUAACAGGUUCAGGAGCGCUUGUUCACAACGAGCUGAUGCUAACCGACACUCUGACCGGCAGCUCCUUGGCCCUGCGGGUGGACAAGGCUGACGAGCCUCCUAUCGACAUGGUGCGUGUUUCUCCCCUCAAGCAAUACUUCGUUGUGAUACUUAAAGAUGGGCCAUUUGAAUUAUGGGAUCUGCGCAACCUCUCCAUAUUGAGAGUAAUGCCCAAGAAGUUUCCUGCAGUUACGGCUUUGGAAUGGUCGCCCAUACACAACUUGAAAUCUCUGAAAAAGAAAUUGGCAUCUGUUGAAGAGAAGGAACAGGCAGAACCUGCAAAUAUUGCUGUCAACACUUCAGCAGGAGAUAUUGGACGAGCUGACGGCCAGGAUAAACAUCUGGUGGCAAGAGAACACUUUGUGUUCAGCGACUCUGAGAGCCAGCUCUACCAUUUCUCCGUGGAAGGUAACUUGGUGCGAGAUGGCAUCAAGAUACCACCAGAGGCUGGCGUUGGAACAGUAACAUGCAUAGCAUUUAAAAAUGACCAAAUAGUUCAAGGAGAUGUGGAUGGCAUGUUAAACAUUUGGGACCUAAAAGCAAGGACAUCAAAGAACAUUCACACAGGCCGUGGCUGGAUCAAGAAGAUGAGAUUUGCACCGGGAAAAGGAAAUCUGAAGAUGUUGAUUCUCUAUAGUGAUGGGGUUGAUGUGGUGGACCUCAAAAAGCAAUACGAUAGGAUAUCUCAGCUGAAGUGUCCAAAAGACAUGGUGAAAGUUCUGGACAUUGACUGGGCAGCGUCAGACAAGCCGGUUCUUGCCACGCAGGAUGGGUGCUUGCGCAUCAUGGACAUGACUCUUUCAUCCAGUGUUUCACCCAUCAUGGAUUACGAGUUCCAAGAUCCUGUAUAUUGCCCUCUUUUACUCCAUGGCAAGACUAUUGUUAAUCUCAGGUUGCUGUUGGCUGGACAGUUUUGGAAGGACAGUUACAGUCUGAAGUUCACAACACAGGAUGGAUUCACAGAGCAACAGCUUGAAGCUCUGCAGGAGCAGUUGGACGUGCUGGACGACGACCUGGACUACCUGGAGCACUGCCCGAAGGGGACGGCGGAGCGCAGUCUCAUCGCCGCGCAGUUCUUCGGUGAUCAGAGCGACGUUGACUUCUGGACCGUGGCUUUGUACUACCUGCAGGUGGCCAAACUGGAGUCCAAAUAUGGAAAGGUUGCUGCUAUGGGAGGAAGUACAGAGAGUGAAACUGUGAGCAUGAGCUCACCUUCGGUACUCGACACUAAACGCAUAAACAGGUACCCAAGCCUGCAGCCUCUGGACACAUGUUACGAUGUGUUGUGUGAACCAUACACAUACCAGUGCUUGCAGCUGGAGCGGGUGAGCCUGCACGAGAGCAAGCGCGGGGACUACCAGCACACCAGGAAAGUGAUCGAGCAGCUCAUCCUGCUGGGCGAGAUGGACCGGGCCGUGCAGCUGCUGCUCGAGACGGAGCUCGACAACCCCAACUACUACACCGAUGCCAUCAAAGCCUGCCUGGUGGCCACCAUCCAGUCCACGGGGGCCGCCCAGAGCACCAUCAAGCUCGUGGCCACCAACCUGAUAGCCAACGGCAACAUCUGGGAGGGCGUGCAGCUGCUGUGCCUCAUCGGCAAGGGGCUGGACGCGUGCCGCUACCUCGUCUCCUACAACAUGUGGGAGCAGGCCGUGUGGCUGGCCAAGGCCGUGCUGCCCCAGGCCGAGACGCGCGAGGUCAUGCGCAAGUGGGCCGACCGCCUCUGGGCAAACGACCAGAAGAACAAGGCCGUGCUGGUGGUGCUCUCGCUGGGCCAGUUCGACCGGGUGCUGGAGAUGCUGGGCGUGCAGCGUCUCCACGGCAAGGCAGCGCUGCUCCUCCAGGCCUGCAAGGAGUUCGGCCUGCUUCCGGCGGCGGCCGCUCAUGAGCCGCUGGUGACGGCCGUCCAACUGGAUGCUGCCCGUUUGCUGUUCUCGGUAGGCAACCACAGGGCGGCGCUGACCAUCAGCCAGCGGCUGGGGCCGGCGGGCGAGAAGCUUCACCAGGAGUUCCGCAUUCUCUCUGAGGAAACGUGACCGCCCGGCGCGCCAACCUCGUGCAAUGGGCGUGGCAGUACUAAGACAGUCAUCUCAGACCAGCACACGAAUUUGACAAAUCUGAUGGCAGAGUGGGGUGGUGGUGAAACAGGUGAAUAACAUUUGAAUUUAGUUCUGGGGACUAUCCUCGUUGAAAGUUUUUAUAAAGUCUGUUCCUGUGUUGGAUGCCUUCUGUAUUCUGUAUGUAUUAUUGUUAUUUUGGUAAUGUGUAAUCUGACACACUAGAAGUAUACCACAUCAGACGUUACAAAAAAUUAAUUUUCUUUUGAAAUCAUUAAUAAAACCUAUUAUGUAUCUAGCGCUGUGCGAAUAUAAAAAAUUUCAGACACCAUGGAUAAUUCAUUGAAAUUUUUAUAUAAUUUCAAAUACUUACACCAAAAUAAAUACAUUUUUAAUAGUUUUCAAAGUGUAUGAAAGCGGUUCAUAUAAUUUCGUAUAAGAUUCGACGUUGCGGUUAUGAGUAUUUUGUGUAAUGUAAAUGUAUCCUUACCCAAGUUGGAUGUAUUAAUGGGUCAUUGUAAUUAACCAUAGUUUUUAUGAACCAUGUGCACAGUGAAUAGCAGAAUGGGAUAAGUUCAGAUGGCAUGGUAAUCUGAAAUUUUUUUAGAUUGGUGGAAAACAAGUGAAGAAUAAGUAGUUGGCUGAUACAACCCAAAAAUAUCCUUAAAAACCCCAAAGAUAUUUUUUAUAUGCAUAUAGUUAUGUUCAACUGAUAUUUCCAUUGCAGUUGCACAAACGUGUGUAAAAGUUAGUGUUCAAAUUGGUUUUUAAUUUUUAUGAAAAAUACUGGCACAGACUUAAAUUUAGUUACAUUUUGUUCCAACUGUUCAAGAACUUAAUCCUUGCUGAUAGUUGAAGUUGAUUUUUCAUUUUACAAAUACGAGGUAAAAAUUACUACAUAUUUACACUGUGUGAUUUGUAAUACCAUAUUAUUCCUAUUGUAAUUUUCAGUGUAGUUUCAAUGAAAAUGUUAUAAUUUUUGUGAAUGCUUAAAUGUUAUGCAAUAUAGUGAAACACGAAAAAUGUGUGAAAUAUAAUAAUUUAAAGUAUAGAAAUGAAUUAAAAAUAGAUUAGUGUUUGGUCUUUGUAUGGGAAAUAAGUUAUAACAGUCUUGUAAAAGCAAAGUAUUGAUGCAAUAUUAGAAAUGAUGGUUUUAAAUCAUUGUUAACAAAAAGUUAGAUUUAUAAAAUUGAUUAAGUUUGUCAAGAAUCUAAAAUGUAAAACAUACCUUUGAAUCCAAACUUAUAUAAAUAACAUGACAUGUGAUGAACAUACAAUUUGAAUUUCAUUUGGAAAAAAGGCUGUUGAAACAUUGUAUUCUUAUGGGAAGCCUAAGAUUCACCGCUCUUGAGUCAUCAUACAGAUUAGUUUCACUUCGUUAGCCCCUAUUGGUGAUGAAAAGCGCAGGUUCAAAUGGUCUGUGCACUUGUACUUCACAUUUCCUGGAAGUGAAAUUACAGAGUAUUAUUAAAUAAAUAAAAUUGAUUAAACUUUAUCAUUUAAUUUGGAUAAAUGUGCUAAUAUUUCUGUUUGCACUGUAAGUAGAUUCCUAAGCUUUUAACAAGAGUUAACUACUAUCUAGCAAUUUCUAGGGUAUUUUCACACAUAAAAAAUUUAUUCUUAUUUCAAGAUAACACCUAAAACAUUUUUAUAGGUACUACAAACAUUAAUACUGCUAACCCAUGACAGGCAGAUGUUCCAAGCAUAAGUGUAUAAUUGAAAUAUUCUCCAACCGUUUUCUUUCCUCACUACAUCACAUAACCAUCGACCAUUUUGUAAUUCAACCUAAGCACAACGUCAUGCUGGCGUAUUUUAAUUUAGACCCAACAGCUCAAUAAACCAUUCCAAGAUGAAGGCAGUUAACACAAAUUGAAUUUGUAGAUAAUAUUUACUGCCAAACACACUGAAAACUGUACAAAUCCUGUUGGAUUAUUUUGUGUAUUGUCAAUCAUAAAUGUUACUAGAUGUGAAUUACACCAAGUAAUCUAUGGAAUUUAACGGAGACGAAAACACUAGUGAGGUUAUUCAGGCAGUUGACUGAAGAGUGGUGAAAUAUAAACUGCACAAGAUUUACUUUUAUUUAUUUACUGAGCAUACAUGAAACAUAACUACAUACUGGCCUGACAGGGUCACAAUUUUGACACUUUGUAUUGAGAUGUGCUAUGGAUGUAUUGCACAACACUUGUUUGCCAACACUUACACUGGCUUCCUCUUAAGUAUAGUAGUUAUAAAUUUUCAGUAAACUCUUUGUCUUUAUAAUCACAGGAAUGUUUGUUUCAUUCAAACAUUAUCUGUAAUUCAACUUUUAUGAACAUGUGUGAACAGUAAAAACUGACUUAAGGUAAAGUGCCACAAUAUAUUUUGUGUGAACCCAUUUUUGAGACUGAAAAUGUUUGUAUAAAGGAGUGUUUUGUAUCAUAGGUUUGUAUAAACUUCAUUGUAAAUAUGAAUAAAUUUAGAAGACACUAUAAUGUUAUAAUAAUUAUGAUUCUAAUUGUGUUAGUAGCAAAUACAACUUAUGAUUUAAUUGGGACUUGAAAAUGCCUAACUAAUAAAAAAAAGGUAAUGUUAAACCAUUUUUUGUUUUAUUAAUGAAAUAUUUGUGGAACAAGUUGUUGUACUACAAGUUGUAUUACAGGUUGUGUUGUGUUGUGUUGUAAAGCAGUCUUAUAUUUGAGCGAGAGUUGGUUGUACUAUUAAUUCUAAAUAGAUAUGUAUAUUUAUUCAAA